GUUCUGUUGUUGUCCUGUUUUGAAGAAGCCCUCUGUCCUGGCACGCUGCACCCCUCGCUCCUUACAUCUCUCCAGCGCUCCGUAGAGGGACUCUUCUGCAGCAUCCACUGAGAUCUGCAACCUCCCUUUAGGAACCCACAGAGUCAGAAACCAUGCUAACCAUUUUGGCGCUAGCCUCCAUCGUGCUCCUGGGAAUAGUGCCCCAGCAGUCGGAGGCCAUUGUAAUCUACACAGGCUGGGAGCGGCAUGCCCUAGUGGGCUCUGACAUCCGUCUAUCCUGCUCGUUCUUCUCCUGGCGCUGGACCUCCGAGGAUGUCACCUUCUCCUGGAGCUACCGGCCCGACGGAGCCAGGGACAGCAUCUCUAUCUUCCACUACACUGGUGGAGCACCCUAUGUUGACAACAAGGGACCAUUCAGGGACAGGCUGGAGUUUGUGGGGAACCCUGCUCGUCGUGACGGAUCCAUCCUGCUCAAGAACCUGGACUAUGGGGACAAUGGAACCUUCACCUGUGAUGCCAAGAACCCACCUGACAUAGUGGGACGUGCCUCCAGUGUCAGACUGCUGGUCUUUGAAAAGGUUCCCAUCCAGGCUGGUGUCAUCACAGGAGCCAUCAUCGGUGCUGUACUGGGUCUCCUGGUGCUCAUCGUGGUCAUCUACUACCUUAUGAGAUUCCUGGUGGCACGCAGAGUCUUCAACCUCAGUGUCAGCAAACAUGGAAGGAAAGGGAAGGGGAAAGAGGGAUCCCAGCAAAGACAGGUCCCAGCUCUCUCCAUCGGGGACCCAUCCAAGCUGAAGGCCGCUGCCUCAGAAAAGAAGAAACAGGAGUCGCGCAAGGAUAAGAAAUAGGAUACGGCGAGCAGAGAGCUAGAGCCCCAACCCAGCGCCCACACAGCCCAGCCCAAAAUUUUCUGAACGUAUUUCUCAAGCCUUCACUUCACCUGACUGCUCCCGCUUCCAUUGACCACACCCUAUGAGACCACUGUCUUUUAGACCGCACACAGUUUCCCUUUGUCUUAAGUCCUGUUAGAUUUUGUGCUACUAAGCUGAGCAAGAGUAGUCCCAGGAUACCAACCUCAGUCUCUGUUAAAUGAGACCAGGAAUGGCACGCCUCUAAUUUCUCCAGGUAGCAUCCAACAGUGAGAGCCAUGCAGUGUAACAUCUGGACUCACCAGACGAAUGUACAGACAAACAAAUAACUACAAGAUGAAAUAGUUUCUGGAACUUCUAAUGUUUCCUGCUGAUGAUGUCUUUGAGUGGCUCUAACAGAUCAGAGCAUCCUGCCCUGCACAAGUCAGGAGAAUUCCAGAAAUGUGAUUCCAAGCUCUUAGCUUGUGUAAACAGGUUCAAACCAAAUAACCGGGUGAUUCAAUCCCUUCACAUUUGAGCUAAUGGACGUGUUAGUGCUUGGCUGUGCUGAGCUGCCUGGCAGUCAUUGCACACCAGAGGUUAUUCCUGGCUCAAUAAGGCAUUCAGCAGAUAUAGACUGUUACAAUCCAAAUGUAAAGCAGAAAAAGCCCUGUUUGCCAUUCUCUGAGGGUAAGCCCCAAAUGACUCCCUGUUCUCUAUGUAGUGCCCUACUUCAGACCGGGGUCUAUUGGGCUCUGGCCAAACGUUGUGCACUAUGCAGGGAAUCGGGUAUGUGUGACUGAGUCCUCUAAAUGACGUCACACUGACAUACCCAGGCACCCGCAGCAAAGUGAUGCAUCUUUCUACUCUUCCGGGUUAUUUUGAUCCUGUGCACGUUUCUUUCCUCUCUCAAAUAAUUAUUAACUGUAUCUCUCUUUCCCACACACACACACACACGCACACGCACACACAGUCUGUUUUCCUCUUUGUCUCUGUUAUUGUGGUCCCUCUGUCCUUCAGUGACACUAAGCUCUGUUCCCUCAUUGACUAGCCAAUCCACUCUACACUUUAUAUUCUAUCCUUAAGCCUCUUCUUUAUAGUUCAAUCAAACAAAGCCAGGCCCCCCGCUCAAACAAACUUCAUUUCUCUUUCUUUCUUUCUCCUCCUUUUCUUCCUCCUCCUCCUAUCUUUUUUUCAAACUCAGUGAUGGACACCUUACUCCUCCACCCCCCUGAACACCAACGUCCCACUCAGUCACCCACCAAUGCCACCCCUCCACCCCUGCCCGUUUGUUCACCCACCAUUUCUCCUGGUUGGAAUGCCACGUCGCUUCCUUCUGCCCCCCUAUUGGCCACAGAUGGAUUCUGGGCAGAAUCGUCCAUCCUAUUAGUUCUCGUUGAAGACGUUAAUCUAGCUAUAGCUCUCUGCCGGUCACCAAGGUGCGUGUUUCAUGUGUGUCUGAGUGUUUUAUCAGACUGUUAUGUCAAACGAAAGCUGAUAAAACCACUGCACAUGUAUGUCAACCUAAGAAAUAGCUUGUAAUGAGAUGAGAUGACGUUUUACUGUUUCCGUGUACACAGAAACACGUUUUUGUUUUCUGAGGCAGGAAUGUGAGAAUGUCUUAUUACAUUUGAUCACAUUUCUGCCCCUGUGUAUGGAGGGGGAUCUGUGUGGCUGUUUUAUUUGGUGCAUAUUUUCCAAAACUGGAAAAUAAAUUGUUUUUUUUAUGUAAGGUGCUUGCAAGCUGAGGCUAGAGGAGGCACUCACACAGCAAGAGAGAUGACGAGGAGGAUAAGGAAGGUUAACUUCAGAUGUUGCCAGUGGUAACGUGAUUGGAAAAAAGAACAGGUUUUUUCGCUGGGAAUAAUAUACUUUGGAAAGAGAGAGUGAGGGACUUAUCUUGUGUAUUAAGCCAAGCCAAAGUCUAUAUGUAUCGCUGACGAUAUGGCCUCAUCUCUCACUAAAGCUCUCUUUUUCAAGGUCCUUACCCUGAGCUUCUGACUGAAUGCUUGAUAGGCUGUGCAAGGGCGGUUUGUGUAGUGUUGAAUGUGCUCUUUUAACUGUGCUCAUGAGGAGUGUGUUAAAACCACACCGCGGUUCAUUAAGCCAAUAGGAAAUAGAUAUUUCUGAUCACCUCAUUGCUGUUUAACCAACUAUCCUUCGUAAGAUGGGAUUAGUAUGAAUGUUUCUUUCAGUCCUUUUUCAGUACAGCCACACAGACUCCUGACAGGGAACAGACUCAUUAAAAUGUCUUCACAAUACAGUGUUGUAUGUAUUGUAUCCGUUUUGGUUGUUAGAUAACAUUUCCUUUCUUUGAAAUAUCAAGCUUCUUACAUUUUUACAGUUUAAUUUAAUGCUUAUAAUUAAAGUGCACUAAUAAUAUACAUUUGACUGUUAUAUAAAAUGUGUUGUAAAGGGAAGGUAAAUAAUUAAAGCAUCCAACGCAUCUCAGUUAUGUGAAAGGAGAAUAAAAUAAAGCCAAAUAAGAAUGUC